AUGAUAAACGAAAAGCAAGAGAUCACAUUCGAUGAGAGUGAGCUGAUAAUCGAAGGAGAAAAACAUCUAGUUUACUCUACUGAAGAUGCCAACAAGAUCCAGUUCGCAAAGAUCAUUAAACCUGAGCGUACCAAGACUAUCCAAACAGUUGAUACUUAUCAGAGGCGACCCUCUGUAAGUGCCCCAAAAAGGCCAGCACAAAAACCACAGAAGAACAUAGACAUUACUUACCUUGGUGCAAUAUUGAUCGGUGUUGCUCUCCUCAACGCCUUUAUCGAGUUUUAUCAAGAGCAAAAAUCAGCUGCUCUUCUAGAAUCCUUCUUAAACAUGAUCCCUGCAAAAUGUAUGGUAGUGCGCGAUCACAGAAUUCAGCAACUCGAUGCCAUAAAUCUUGUCAUUGGCGAUGUUGUGUUCAUCCGCAUGGGAGACAAGGUUCCGGCCGAUCUCUUUAUCUUUGCUGGUUCCGAACUCAAAGUCGAUAACUCCUCCUUGACAGGCGAAUCUGAUCCCCAAGAACGUGGCCCAAUAAAUACCCAACAGAGUCUUUUUGAGGCGGAGAACAUUGUCUUUAACGGCACCUUGGCUGUCGCUGGUGAAGCAUAUGGCAUUGUUGUUCGUACAGGUGACAAUACUGUUCUUGGACAGAUUGCUGGUCUAACUGCCGGAGAAGACAAGAUUCCAUCUCCCCUCUCUCAAGAAAUCGAUCAGUUUGUCAAGAUUAUUGCUACCAUUGCCUUCUCAACAGCCAUCAUAUUUUUUGGUAUUGGGUUUCCAGUCAACCACAACAAUGUAUCGCUCACUCUGAACUUUGCUAUUUCCGUAUUCGUGGCCUGGGUUCCCGAGGGUUUACCUGCAACUGUAACCAUCUUAUUGACUAUUGCCGCUAAACGUAUGGCUUCCCGAAAUGUUCUCGUCAAAGACCUUCAGGGCGUAGAAACCUUGGGAGCAAUCACACUUCUCGCUACCGACAAGACCGGUACACUUACACGCAAUCAAAUGACAGUGACUUAUGUCUGGUCGUGUAUGGAAAUGCACAACACUCUCGAACGAAACACAUUGGUUGCUCCUGUACCAGAACUGGCUGGUCUGAAUGAAAUUAUGCACAUAUCUACUCUUAAUAGUCGUGCCAAAUUUGAUCGCACCGAUGUACCCGUGCAUAUGCGCCAGAUCUUGGGUGACGCUACCGAAACUGGUCUUGUCAGAUUUGCAGGAGAACACCUAGGACCUGCAUUUGACUCACUUGGAGACAAGUGUCCUACUGUAUUUGAGAUUCCAUUUAACUCUGAUAACAAGUGGGCCAUGACUAUUCACAACAAACCUCAUUCCAAUGGCCAUUUAACACUUUACGUCAAGGGCGCGCCCGAGCGCGUCUUGAAUCUCUGCAACACUAUUCUAACUAGCCGUGGAACCGUCCCUCUCGAAAGCGGACAUAUUGAGGCUUUCCAAGAAACUUACCUUCAUAUGGCUGGUCAAGGUCACCGUGUGCUAGCCUUUGCCCAAUUACUGCUUCCUAGAGAAACCUAUCCUGCUGAUUUUCAGUUUAGUAAAGCCGAAAAGAACUAUCCUAUGUCUGGCCUAACUUUUGUCGGACUUGUCUCACUUGAGGAUCCUCCUAAACAUGGUGUACGCGAGGCCAUUGGAAAAUGUCGUCGCGCAGGAAUCAAGGUCAUGAUGGUUACAGGCGACCACCCCUUGACAGCUGAAGCAAUCGGAAGAAAGAUCAACAUGCUUUUGGGUGAUACUCGCGAGUCAUUGUCCAAGCGUACCAGACGCCCCAUUAGUGAUAUCGCAGAAGACGAGUUUUCAGGUGUUGUCGUUCACGGUGACUCUAUUGACUCGCUCACUGAUGAUGCUUGGGAUGCUAUCUUUGCCAAAGAAGAAAUUAUCUUUGCUCGAACUUCACCUAAACAUAAGCUUGAAAUCGUCAAACGAGCUCAGUCUAUGCGCCACAUUGUUGGAGUUACAGGUGAUGGUGUCAAUGAUGCGCCGGCCCUCAAAAAGGCUGAUCUCGGUAUUGCUAUGAACAUCUCCGGCUCAGAUGUAUCCAAGGAUGCAGCCGCCAUGAUCUUGUUAGACGAUAAUUUUGCUUCUAUUGUGCAUGGCAUUGAGGAAGGCCGUUUGAUUUUUGCCAACCUGAAGAAGUCAGUUAUGUACACAAUUACCCAUUCGAUGCCCGAAGUGAUCCCCAAUCUGCUCUAUAUUGUCGUUCCUCUUCCUUUGCCUCUGAGUGCAAUCCUUAUCCUAGUGAUAGAUCUCGGGUUCGAGCUGUGUGCAGCUUUAACAUUUGCAUGGGAUAAACCAGAGACUGAAAGCGGUCUGAUGAUGAUGUCUCCUCGAAAGCCCGUUACUCCUUCUUCUAUUGAUCGUUAUCGUCGCCAGCUAUUGAGAGAGGAAACUUACAUUAAAUAUGACCCUGUUACUGGCGAAGAGCUUAAGCCUGGAUGGUUCCGCAGAAUAUACAAUAGCGUGGUUCCUUUCUUUACACGUGCCUACUGGUCCGAAAAGCUUAUCAAGACAGACGAUGAUGUUCUCGUGGACCUUCCUCUUCUUUCCUGGGCAUACCUUGAAGUUGGAAUCAUUGAAGUUAUUGGUGCCCUGACCUGUUAUUUUGUGGUGCUGUGGUAUAACGGCAUAACUCCCUCUGAUGCAGUUGAGCUCCAACGUGGAGCAUCUAGUCCGACAAAUUACUUUCAAAACGGUCCUAUUUAUGCUACUCCGUUCCAGGCCUCAGAUGGAUCCAUUCUUGAUGCCGAAGCCCAGCACCGUGCACUUGGCCAAGCUCAGUCGAUGGUUUACUGGAGUAUCAUGAUGAUGCAGAUGUUUAACAUGUUUGCCUGCAAGACUCGCUACACUCUCCCUAUCGGUCGCUACAUGUUCUCUAACAAAGUUACUUUCCUUGGUAUCUUUGCUGGCGCUGGGUUGGCUACUUUGAUCGUUUACUGCCCUCCUUUCAAUAUUCCAUUUGGAACAGAAUACCACACCCUCCCUCUUUGGUGGUUGAUUCCAUUCGGGUUUGGCUUCUUGAUUAUCGGAUAUGCUUGUGUCAGAAUGACAAUAUUGGCUAAAAUGAAUCCGAUGCAAUGGAAUCCGGAAAUCGAUGGUCUUAGAAUGCACCCUACUAUUCGUACCAUGGCUACUUCUCACAGUCGACACUCACGAGGACACUAUAUGGCAUAG